ACUAAACAUGUGAUCGUCACACCUCAACCAAAACUCCUGGUGAUUUUGGAUUCAGCAUGGCGACUCUUUCCCUUUGCCUACUUUUAAUCCUCGUUGAGGCUUGUCAAGCAGAUGAUACAAGACCUGAACAAAUACAUCUGGCCUACACUGGAACCUCAAGCGAGAGAAUCGUCAACUAUGUGACACAAUCCACAGACGAAGGUCUUGGGACAAUGGUGGCUUACGGAACAGAUCCAGACAGGCUAUCGUUAAAAGCAAUCGGCGAUUCGUUCGUCUAUGAUAUUCCCUUGUGGCACAAAGACCCGGAGAUCAGCGCAAUCUACAAUGUUUCUAAAGCAGAUCCGAGGCAAUUUAGUAUUCAUAAUGUAAAGUUGACAGGUCUUCAACCGAAUACCAAGUAUUACUACAAAGUGGGAGAUGUCAAUCAAACUAUGAGUGACACAUUCAGCUUUUCCACGAAAGAAAACAACAUCAUCUAUGCAGUGUAUGGCGACAUGGGGUAUUCUAAUGCAGUCAGCCUACCCCAGCUUGUCCAAGAGGCACGGGAUGGACACUUUCAGGCAGUUAUUCAUGUUGGAGAUCUGGCAUAUGAUUUUUAUCAAAAAGAUGCUGAUACAGGAGAUAAUUUUAUGAAUGCGAUCCAGCCUGUGGCAACACUUGUUCCAUACAUGGCUUUGCCUGGAAAUCACGAGCAUCGCUUCAACUUUAGCCACUACAAGAAUCGCUUUUCAAACAUGAAGCUUGGUCCUGGUGCUACUAGUGGUAGUGAUACAAGCCUAUGGUACAGUUUUAAUGUUGGUCUUAUCCAUUUUGUGGCUUUUGAUACUGAGGUUUUCAACUACUUCUCAGAUGUUGGCCAAAUCCAGAGGCAGCUCAAUUGGCUGGAGGCUGAUCUUGCAAAGGCCAAUACCAACAGAGAUAAGAGGCCUUGGAUCGUCUCUCUUGCUCACAAGAUUGAUUUUAUGGACGAAACAAACUUCACUCACAUCAGCCCGCUGUUGCACAAAUAUGGAGUGGACAUACACUUCUGUGGGCACUCUCACAACUACCAGAGGCACUAUCCUUAUUACCAAGAUGAAGUGGACAGGCCAGAUAAGAAGAAUGUCUAUGUUAAUCCAAAAUUCAUGACAGUGAUUGUUGCUGGCUCUGCAGGAUCAAAAGAAAAAAUCUCCCAUGGACUUGGGCCCAAACGUCAUCUUGCCAAAUACAUUUUUGACUAUGGGUUUGGCCACCUGCAAGUGAUGAAUCACACCCAUUUGCGCUGGACCUGGGAAAACACGGGUGUCGAGCUUGCCUCCAUUGAACAGGACGAGUUAUGGAUUGUUCAAGACAACCAUGGGAUGCGCUCACAUGCCUAGAUUACCCCCACCCUUAGAAAACCUGUGCAUAAUUAUCAGCUACAUACCCACCUACCCACCCACCUACCCACUGAAUUACUAAAAUACCCCAAACCAAUAAAUUGCACACCGCUGCCAAAUUUGCUACUAUCCACACACCCAUGGAAUGUGCGCCCAUCCUCAGUGCUGCCAAGGACCAAGGACGUCAGUUUGCGGAAAAAUAGGAGGCAAACGAAUCCUGCUUGCUCGUUUGCGGUUUGCUUGAUCACGAUGCUCUCGGUUGCCGGGGAUACCAUUCUAAAGUUUAGAACCUAUAAACUGCAAGUUUAAAGUACCAGCGUGAAAGACAUUAGAGUAGAGUAUUUCUUCCUUGCAACUGUUGUAGUGUUUUUUUUUAUUAUUAUUACUAGUUCUAAAAUGACAAGCAUUCAUGAAUUUCAUAAUGAGACGAGGGUGCUCUCGAUAAAAGAAUUAUUUCAAUUUUUGACCACAAAAACCACGCAACACACCCGUUUCUGAUCGUUAAUACAGGGGGAGGGGCACAAUCCCCCCUGGGCAUGAUGGGAAUAGAGCGUACAGCAUUUAUACCUUACGUAUUGAUAAUCAUUUUUAUAUAGAUAAAACUAAAUAAGGCUUUUUAAUAAAAAAAACCGAAAGCUAA